AGAAAGCUUAGAGAGAGAAAGAAUUGAAGGAAAAAAAUUAAAAAAAUGAAGAAAAAGAAUACAUGGUUGAUCUCCAUCAUCCAAUCCCAUGUGCUUCAACCUCUCUCCUGUCUUCUCUCUAAUCCCCACAUCUCUCCCUUUUCUCUCUUCCAUGAAAAUUUUCUUUCACAUUCUCUCUCCUCCAUUUUUUUUUUUCCAUUAUCUAAAUUUCCCAAUUUCAUCCUUACUACCUUUCUAGGGUUUUGAAAAUUUUGUUACAAACCUAAAAAAGCUGUUUCAACGUUCACACAUUUCCAUAUUAUUACACCUCUCAAUUCACCCCUUUCCUUCCCACACAUUCCCCACCCCUUUUUUUAAAACAAGAAACUGUUUAAAAAAAAAAAAUGGAACUCUGAUCAAAUUUCUUCUUGUUCUUGCUGUUGACUGUCUUGGCUCUGUGCCCAAGAACAGUAUCAAUAAAAAAAAAAAGAAAAGAAAAAAGAAAUUGGAGUGUUGAAUGAGGAAGCGAGUGAGAUUAAUGUAGAGAAAAAGGGGGUUUUGUAGAUAGCGAUGUUGGCAAUGGAGAAGGAUUUUGAUGCCAAGUUGAUGAUUCAGGGCAACGCUUCUAAUGGUGGCAAUGUUCAGAGAUCCAAGAGCUUUGCCUUUCGAGCUCCUCAGGAGAAUUUUACAAUCCAGGAUUUUGAAUUGGGAAAAAUUUAUGGGGUUGGUUCAUAUUCCAAGGUUGUGAGGGCGAAGAAGAAGGACACAGGAAUUGUAUAUGCUUUGAAGAUAAUGGACAAAAAAUUCAUCACCAAAGAAAAUAAAACUGCUUAUGUGAAGUUGGAAAGAAUUGUACUUGAUCAAUUGGACCAUCCUGGUGUUGUCAGACUAUUUUUUACCUUUCAGGAUACUUUCUCUUUGUACAUGGCAUUGGAGUCUUGUGAAGGUGGAGAACUUUUUGAUCAGAUAACUAGGAAAGGUUGUCUGUCGGAGGAUGAAGCUCGGUUUUAUACUGCAGAAGUGGUGGAUGCCCUUGAAUACAUACAUAGCAUGGGAUUGAUACACCGAGAUAUCAAGCCUGAAAAUUUGCUACUUACUACUGAUGGACAUAUCAAAAUAGCUGAUUUUGGGAGUGUAAAGCCUAUGGUGGAUAGUCGAAUUACGGUUCUCCCAAAUGCAGCAUCAGAUGAUAAAGCUUGUACAUUUGUGGGAACGGCUGCAUAUGUUCCUCCAGAAGUCCUUAAUUCCUCCCCAGCAACUUUCGGAAAUGACCUGUGGGCGCUCGGGUGCACCUUGUAUCAGAUGCUUUCUGGUACUUCUCCUUUUAAGGAUGCAAGUGAGUGGCUUAUUUUUCAGAAAAUCGUAGCACGAGAUAUAAAAUUCCCCAGCUAUUUUUCCGAGCAAGCUAGGGACCUCAUCGAUCACCUAUUGGAUUUAGAUCCCAGCAAGAGACCGGGUGCCGGAGCUGAGGGUUAUGCUUCUCUCAAGAGCCAUCCCUUCUUCAAGGGGGUUGAUUGGAACAAUAUAAGAUCACAAACUCCUCCCAGGCUUGCUUUAGAAGCAGGGAGUCAUUCAAAUGAGAACGACGAUGGCUCUGAGUCUUCUUGGAAUCCUUCACAUAUUGGAGACGGCACAUCGAGACAAAAUGAUGGGAAUGCUGGUUCUGCAUCAACUUCAGAAGGAUCACAUCAUAUUACUCGACUUGCAUCGAUUGACUCCUUUGAUUCAAAAUGGCAACAAUUCCUCGAACCCGGAGAAUCUGUUCUUAUGAUCUCAAUGGUGAAAAAACUUCAGAAACUAACAAGCAAAAAGGUUCAACUCAUCCUCACCAACAAACCAAAGUUGAUUUAUGUUGAUCCUUCAAAGCUCAUUGUCAAGGGGAAUAUUAUCUGGUCUGACAAUCCUGUUGACCUCAGCGUUCAAGUGACCAGUCCUUCACAUUUCAAGAUUUGCACACCAAAGAAGAUUGCCUCAUUUGAGGACGCGAAACAGCGAGCGUGGCAGUGGAAGAAGGCGAUCGAGGUGCUUCAAAAUCGAUGAAUCUUUCGUGUUUGGUGACACAUUCUUUGGAAGAGUUUACAUUUAAAAGAGGAAAAGAAAAGUUGAGGUUCCAUCAAUAACUUAAAUUUUCUAGGAUUAUUUUAUUUAGUGGAAGUUAUUAUAGUUGGAAAAAAAAAAAGAUCAGCUAAUCCACCCCUCCAUCAACCCCCAAAAGAAGAAAGCUGGAAGAAAGAAGAAGAAAGAGUGAUAUUAUUAUAUCAUUAAAAUCAUUGCUUUGAAAUUGUAUGUGCAGUUUUCUGCUUUAGUCUUUAUAUAUGGCCUGGAAUUAAUACAUGUAUUGAAGAUACCUACCAGUCAUCAAUGGAAUUUACUCAUCAAAUUAUUUGCUAAUAUAUGAAUUCAUGUUUUCUUUA